UUAAUAUACAAACAUAUAUAUAUUUAUAAAGGACUUUUUAUAUAAAUGUUUAAUAUCUAAUAUUGACAUUUAGCGAGGUUUAUUAUUCCCCUCGGAAUGCGUUUUGUCACGUAUCACGUAAUUCUAAUAAAAUUGAGGAAGCGACAAUGAGUGACAAAUACCUCGACGAUUACCUGUCAGUGAUCGCGAUUGACGUCGCCGUCGAGGAAAAGACGAGAAUCGCCAGAAUGGCUGUUGCGACAUUGCACAAGCUACAUAACGUGAUGCGGCAGAUGAGAGAUUGGCGGGAAGAUAGCGCGAAACUGAAGAGUAAUAUCUGGCGGAUGAAAAUGGCUCUGUGUGUGGAUGACAAGAAUGGGAACGAUAACCAGCAGAUCGAUCCUUUGAUCGUGCAUCAGAAGGCGGAGAUUAGCCGGUUGGAGCAGGCGAACGGCGCUUUGGAGAACGAGGUAACGAGUCUGAGGCGCGCUCUGGCGAAAACCGAGGAGGAGAUCGCGAGUGUCGCCGUUUGCGAAAUAAGCGAUAAGAUUGUCGCGCUCGAGAAUGAAUUCUCGAGCGAGAGACAGCGUAUGAACGACGAGAUUUUGCAUUUGAAGACGCGGCUGAAAGAGACCGAGGAGAGUGAGACGAAUGUCGUGUUAAAGCGACUCAGGGACGAGCUGAACGAGUUUGCGAGAGGCGACCAAACGAUCGAAAUAAUCUUCGCGAACGCGAUUGGUAAGACCGUAGAGAUGAUUAUCGGUCUGUCGGAGGAGCUCGUGAAUGUUAGCGAGAAUUUGUACAGGUGCAAGACCAGAAACAAGAGCUUGCGUUUCAAGCUGGGUAAAUUGAGGGCCAUGUUGCGCUCGAGGUGCGGUAAUAGCGCGGAAUAUCGGAAGAGGAUCGGCGAAUUGAACAAUCUCGCCGAGCAAUUGAUGGGGGAGAUGGGCCGGCUGAAAGUUAUUCGCGAGAAUGCGAACUAUAGCGAAAGUUCGGACGCCACGGUUAUCACGGACGUUGUUAGACACGUCGAGCGUUUGAUGAACGACUUGAGGAACAAUUUAAAGUGCGAUCGCGAGGCGAUGAUCGCCGCUGGCGAUCCCGACUGUUUGAAAUACAUGAAGAAAGUGGUUAAUCUAAAGGUAAACCUGAAAGUGCUGUCCGUGGAGCUCAGACGAUCGAACGUGCCGAUGGACAAACGAUUAUGCGGGAAUGGCGGUCAGUACGAGAAAUGCUUGGAAGCAGCUUCCUCGUUGAACGAUUUCUUACGGGAAAUCGAUAGUGAGAUUGAAAAAUUGAAGAUAAAACCGAUGAACGAGUAUUGCAAAAUUGGUGGCGUCAGCGGCUCGCGAUACAUGACUAAGGUCACGGAGCUCGAGGAUAUUGUUAGAAAAUCAAUCGCAGUGAUCGGCAUUUUGAAACAGGCCUCGCCAGAAGUUAUAAAUAGCAACGAGAAAAUAACGGAGGCGCUGGAAGACCUGAUCGAGCGACUGUGCCGCAAGAUGAAGGAACUCGAAAUUUUUGAUGAUCGCGCGAAUUUACGCGAGAGACUCGAACAGCUUGAAGCUUUGGUCAUGCGUUUGAAAUCGGAAUUAUUGGAGAAGGACGAGCGUAUAAAUGCGCUGAACGACGAGCAUGCGAGCAUCAAAUUAACAUUAGAGAGAGAUCGUGAGAGGUACGAGAAGAUUAUCGCUGACACACGCGAGGUGAACGGGACUCUUCGAGAAGAUAUAAAAAGGGGGAGGCAAGAAAUAUUGGAGCUGUCGCUUGAACGCGACCAUUCCGAGCGACGUGUCGCGGAAAUGCAACUGAUGAAGGCUGAAAUUGACGCGGCGAGAAAAGAAUUGCGGGACCUUCGUGAUGAUAAAGAGACGUUAUUAGGGGAAACGACAAGGUUGCGUAACAUUCUCGGGGAGAGGGACAAGAAAAUUGAGAAUAUUAUUACCCAGGGGGACGAGUUGAAAGCGGCCCUUAGGGCCGAGAUAGAGGAGCUGAAGGCGAAACUUGGGAUCACUUCCGAUGAAAAUGUAAAACUGAGAAGUAUAAUUGAGGGACUUGGGAAACAGGAGGAACGUGAGCGACUGGGCGAAUUGAAAAGUUCGGCGAAGGAAAGCGGCGGGGUGGCACGAGACAAUGGCGAGGAACGUGCGCGAAACCUCAGGGAUGAGUAUUUGAAAGCCGAGUCAAAUGAGUCUAAAAUAAGUCUGAACAAGGCGGACGAGCGAAUCGGCGACUAUUUCAAGUCCGCGCUAGAUGAAAGCGUCGGUGACAGGAUCGGGUUGGGGGGUGAAAUUUCUGAUUUCGAGUCUAACGAGCAGUCGUUGACGUAUCGAUCGAACGUUCUCCGCCGGGCGAGCGCCGGCGAGAGAACGACGUCGGGAGAAUUCGACAGAGUGAUAGCGGAGUACAAAGCGUCGGAGGAUAAAGUCAAACAGCUUGAAAACGAGAAAGAACAACUCGAGGAGGAGUUGUCGGAGUUGAGGUCCGAGAAAGGAUUGCUGGAUGGGUCGAUGGCCGAUGCCAAUAACAAGUGCGCCGCGCUGCAAGAUCAAGUGAACAAAUUUAAGUCCGAGCGUAACGGCCUUCGGGAGCAGAUAAGCGUGCACGAGGCUGCCGCGGAGAAUUUAAAGUUGAUGCUGGAGAGAGCGCGGGCGGAGCUCGCGGACGCGGCCGCCGAUUCGACGCGCCUGCGAUCGGAGCACUCGAGGGUCGUCGACGAUUUGGAUACGCUGUCUCUACGGAAUACCGAGGCCGAAGACCGUGUACGAGUGCUGUUGACAGAAAAGAACGAGUUCGCGACGCGUAUUAACGAGCUCAAUGAUGAGAACGUCGCCCUGCGAGAGCAGUUGAAUAAGGCGAGAGAGGAGAAUGAAUAUUUUUCCAUGGAAUUGAAUAAAUCAAGGGUCGAAAAUGACAAAGCGAAAGCGGAAAAUGCUCUUCUGCAGGCUACCUGCGACACGAGGGAGAGAGAUAACGUCGCCCUGGGACGGGAGAGGGACGACGCGAGAGCGAGAAUAAAUGAAAUCGGUAACGAGUGCCGAGCACUCGGUAAUCAACUCAAGACCCAGCGAAUGAAGUACGAGGCGUUGCGGCUUGCCGCGGCCGCGUUGCGCGACGAAAAUAACGAUCGUAAGAAUUACUUAAAGAAGAUCGAUACGCAGCGUCCGCUUACGGCGGGGGACCGCGAGCGGGGAUUCGCUGACGCUUAUAACGAGAUUAAACAGAAGCAGAAUUGCUCGAAUACCACGUGUACGAGCGUAAAGGUUGAAUUUGGCGAAUGGAGGGACGGCGGAACAGAAGUCAAAGUAGAAUCUGAUACACGCGCCGGCCAUGAUAACAAAGCGGAGAUCAAAGACGAGCCGAAGGCUGAACUAAAGAGACCGAGAAGCGGGAAUAAGGCUUUGAAAUUAGAGCGGGCGAAUUCGAGGUCGGAAAACUCCGUGGAUACAAUGGAACUGGCGGAAGGCGGAACCGAAAGCUUAGUGGCGUGGACGGAAGCACCGGACGACGGACAGAUCGUCGGUUCUAUCCUGGGGAAACCCGAGAUCGCGAGUAUCUGGCGCGGGAAAGGAAUAAGCAAUUAUCCCGAUGAUCCGGAGAUGUUCCAGGGUAACGAAAGAAGUGUCGCGGCGCUCGAUAUCGAUCUGCUCGAGGCCGAGUCGAAUAGGACGCUGAAGAUGAAAGCGGAUAUCCCGCGUAGUAAUCGUAACUCCUGUCGGACGGACGACGAUGAGAAAACGGAGGCCGACUUCGGUAAAGCGACGGAGGAGAUUCAGGCUUUGAAACUCGAACUGAUGAAUCUAAGGGACGAGAAGGCGACGUUGAGGUUGCAGUUCGAGACAUUUAAGGAAGAAUUAAACGCAUUGAGAUCAGAAAGGGUGGCUUUAAAGGACGAGCUCGCCGCCUCGAGGAAGUCGAACUUCGAUCUUAGGCUCAAAGUGAACGACCUGCGAGGCGCUAACGAAAAAUUGAAGGAGAUAAAUGCGGGAUUGAGGGUGGGUUGUCCGCGGGAUGCGUCGAGAGGGACGAAUGAAUGUACCACGAUGUCGGAAGCGCCGGAGAAAAGAUUAAAAAAUAAUUACGAGAGCGCGUUAAGUGACUAUCUAAAGAAGUACAUUUUUACGGAAAAUAAUCUGCGGCUAAUUAACAGACGAAAUCGAUUCGAUCGCGUCUCUCCCAAGAAUCCUGGACUGCAAUCCGUCGAAGAGAAUUUACAACAUAUAGAGGGACAAAAAUCCUAAAGUUGCACGCGUAUACUAAAUUGUGUAUUAUUGUAAUUUAUUAAAUUUUACUGUCU